UCAAAACACGAUCCGCUUCAAGUUUUCUCUCGGUUGUAGAAAGAAAGAAGUUUGACAUGGAGAGUAGAUGUCAUAGAGGAUGACAAACUUUUGACUGACAUAUGUUUUCAGGAAUGUGUUUUUCUCCAUCAUGUCCAGAAGAUGAUGGCCAAACUGCAGCUGAAACUUUUUCAUAAGUGCUGGGGAAAGGAGUUUUCAUGUAAGAGAGAGCGGACCAGGAUCGCCGUACAAGUCCGUUCGCUUUAUUAGUUAAGACUUAUGUAUAUUUCUGUAUUUAUCAUCAACACGUGCGCUUGUACGUGUUGUGACACUUACUGGAUUUUAACGUAAAACUUUCAGAAGAUUCAAAACUUAAACUCAGCUUUGUUCCUAACCUGUCAAAUUGGCUUUAUUGGCGCUCUAAAGGACACAAUCUCCGGUAAUAUUAUUGAAUUGAACGGACAUCAUGCAGAAGCUGAAUUCGGUAAACAGUCACGCGGAGCUCCAGCAGCGGCUGGCGGAUCACGGCGGAUCCGGAGACACGGCGAGGGAGAACGGCACAAAACACAUCCCGAGUCCCGCGGAACCUGUGGAUACGGUGCAGUGCUCCAGCAGAAAGAUGCUGGUCGGGCUGGACAUCCUCUGUCUGCUCGUGGCCUCCAUUCCAUUCUUCGCCUGUGAGCUCAAAGCGGUGACUCCGUACAUGAGGGGCUUCUUCUGCGGGGACACCAGCAUCACAUACCCUUACAUAGAAAGUGAGGCCAUUCCUGACAGCAUGCUUAUAGCCGGGGGCAUCAUAAUCACAGGACUUACGAUUGCUGUUGGAGAGUGUUACCGGGUACGAUUCAGAGAUGUGCACUCAAGGGCGUUUGUGCGCAACCUUUACGUGUCCUGUCUGUAUAAGGAGCUGGGCAGCUUCCUGUUUGGCUGCUGCGUGGGACAAUCCUUGACCAACAUGGCGAAGCUGAGUGUGGGCCGACUCCGUCCCCACUUCCUGUCGGCGUGCAAUGUGACCUAUGAAUCACUCAACUGCAUACCCGGAACCUACAUCUCAGAUGUCACCUGCAGGAACAAAUCCAAGAUAGUGGAGGAGGCCAGAAAGUCCUUCUUCUCGGGCCAUGCAUCUUUUGCCAUGUACACCAUGCUUUACCUGGCAUUUUACCUGCAGGCGCGUUUGUCAUGGCGAGGGGCGCGGCUCCUGCGACCAUUGCUGCAGUUCAUGUUGGUGAUGUUAGCGGUGUACACAGGACUCACUCGCAUUUCUGACUACCGCCAUCACCCCACUGACGUCCUGACCGGCUUCCUGCAGGGAGGACUGACCGCGUACUGGGUGGCCUUUUAUAUUUCGUCCAUGUUUAAGACGUCUCGUCCAGACAUGUCUCCAACAAGCUUGUCUCUGGAGAGUCCCCUGUCCAGCCAGCAGACCGUCUGCUAACAGAGACACCUGAGAGACACGAGAAAGUGAAAAUGGGAGUGAUCGAGUAAAGAACGGGAAUGGGACAAAGAACUUUGAAACAUGCUCAUGUCUUGACAAAAAAAAACUUUUUUUGAGAACCAUUUCCUGUGCACUCUGAGAGAAGAACAGUUUUAUAUAUUAUAACCCUUCAACAAACCCGUCCGCAAUGUAUCAGCGCUCCAUACAUAAAUGAUAUUUUUAUAUAAAAAUUGAUCCUUUAUAUUUUUGAAAUACGUUAUAGUUGAAGCUGCUAAUAAUUGUUGUUUUAUAAUUCGUCACCGGUAGUCCAGGCUCAGAGAUUCACACGUCACAGUGAUAAGUGAUUUAACUUUUCAAGCUUUUUGGCUCAUGUUGACUGCUGGAGGC